GGCCGCACCGCGCUGGGCACCUCCGCCUCCUCCGGAGGCCGUUUACGUCCGUCAGCGCCCGACUGCGGAUUUCCGCUUCACCGCGGACAGGGGCAGCACCGCCCGCAACCGCUCAGCCCCACCGCUCAUACCUGCCUCGCAGCCCCCGCGCCCGCCGCGUCGCCAUGGAGACGGCGCCCGCCAGCGCCCCCGCACCAGGCCCGGCCAUGCCAUGGACGGGGAACAUCGGGCAGCGUUGAACCCAUCAAGACUCAGAAGCUGCCAGGAAUUUCAGUGUCAAUGCAGAGAGAAGCUGGCUGGAUCCACGAACACGCCUACAGAAAAUCAACCCUGUCAGAAGAGUCCAGAAGCUUAGAUGUUUUGUGUGCGACAUGGAGUUGGAAGAAGAUUUUGUGAAGCUGUUCAAGAAAUCACUGCGCACGUUCCCAUCCACUGGCCUGCCUAGCCUUCUGGCCUACAGACCUGAAUCGUUACGAGAAAUCUUACAGGUUGAGAUAGAGGAGGACUUUGCUCCAAGAUGUGAGUACUGUGGCAGCCUGCUGAAGCCGUUCCCUUCCUUUGAAGACAUUUGGCCACUGUCACAGGAUUAUGAAUCAAAGUUUUGCUGUGAACAUAAUCGAGACCUCUACGAGUUCAUCGUGAAUGAGAGGAAGACCUACGAAGGCACCUGUAACAUUCCCACUGAUGCUGGCCCCCAGAAGACCCAUGAGGGGAAGACCCACGAAGGCAUCUGGAGCAUUCCCAUUGAUAUCGGCCUCCAUAAGUCCCAUGAGAGGAAGACCCAUGAAGGCAUCCAGAGCAUUCCCAUUGAUGUCAGCACCCAAGAAUCCCACAAGGGGAAGACCCACAAAGAUGAUGGGAGCAUUCCCAUUGAUGUCGGCUCCCAUGGGUGCCAUGAGGGGAAGACCCAUGAACGUGCCGAGAGCAUUCCCACUGAUGUCGUCCCCCAUGAGUCCCAUGGCACUGAAUUUGACAGGCUGCCAUCAGAGGAGAGGGCGUACGAGAGGCAUCUGGAGAGACGAUCAACCAGACAGUUAUUUUUGCAGGCAGCAAAGACAGCACUUGAAGCUGAACGUUUAAAUGAACUUGGCACAAUUUUCUACCAGCUUUCCCUGGAGCCCCCAUCACCAAACAGCUGGACGCUGACACCUGCUGAGAGAGCAGCAGAGCCCAAGGAGGAGCCCAUCUCCUACAGUGUCACCUGCUGUGAUUUUACCUCUGUUGGUGGAAAGGUAGUGAAGAAUGAAUUGCUGGAAAAAUACUACAAACAUGGAGGGAAAUUCCUCACCAUGCUUCCAGAUGGAACAGCGCAGUUAUUCUAUCCAUCUGGAAAUCUGGCGAUCAUUGUUGUACAGAAGAAAAAAUGUCGUGUUUGCAUAGUACAUGAAGACAAGCCAAGUUAUGCUGAAAUACAAGCAAUAUUUAAAUCUGACGGCAGAAGUACUUGCUAUUAUCCAAACGGAACUGUGUGGAUAUACAUGAGUAUUCAGGGAGGGCAGUAUUUGGACCAAGGAGGCAGAAGGGUGAGGAGGUGGACAUGGCCAAACAGCGUCAUGUCACCAGGACCCCAUGCCCCGCUGAGACCCAUCUUCAUCUCCCUCAACUGGCACGUGGGGGUCAGGAUCCUGGGCCAGGAUAAGAUCGCUGUUUCCUUCCUUGCCAUGGGGCGACAAGCAAAAUUCAACAUGGGAACCAAAGUGCAGGUAUUUCUCAAGCACAGAGGUAGCUCCACACAAAGUCACUCUCCACAGCAGGAGCAGGACAGCCAGGGAAGUUCCCAUCCAUGGGGAAGCACGCUCAUCCCACAGUGCGUGCUCCCUAUGUUGCCGCAUGGUCCUGCCCCCCAAAACAGCAAACAGUGGAGGUGUACCUGCGCUCAGUCCCAUGCAGACAGAGGACUCACCAGCCCUGGCAGCCCUGACUCUACAGCCCCUGUAAGGGGCUGCAGGAUACAGGAAACACUCCUGGGUAGGUCUCCAAUGUCCCUGCCUGCACCCCUGAGGGUCACUGUGGCUCUGCUGCGGUGAGAAGAGCUGCAAUCCAUGAGGGCAAGGAGCAUGGCAGCUCCCUUCCUCCACGGGUUCCUGCCACAGGGGCAGGUUUGUCUGCUGGGGAGAGACCAAAACCCUGAAGCCCUGUACCAUGCUGCUGCGGUGCUGACACCACUCACCUCCACUCCCCAGGUCAGCGAUGUCAGCCAGCUGCCUCCCCCUGCCCCGCUGAGCGAAGACGAGCUCCUGCUGCUUGCCUUCAGGGUGAGGAUACUGCGGCUC